CCAGACUCUCUGCUUUAGGUCUACGCUAUUCUCCUUGUAUAUAUACCUUGGGUAUAUUCUUUCUGCAUAUGAUUUGGAACAUGGCUGAUAGAGAUUUGCUGCAUUACAUAGAUGAAAGUGGCUUAAAUGUUGAUCACACCCCAAACAUUGGUCUGAGGAUGGGAAAUUUAAGUAGAUCCAGGGAAAGCAGCCUUAGAAAGUCUGGAAAACUUCGCAAGCUGUACACUCUUAAUGAGUCACCUGCUGUGAAUGAAAAUCCUGGAAAGUCCUCUGAUCCCAAGAGAAUGAGAUUGUCAUCAGUAUCACAUAAUGCUACUCCUGGAAGUGGAAUUCAUAAUAAUUCAAGUUUUGAUGUUGUGGAUGUAACACCAGAUAUAAAGAAAAUAAAAUCAUCAACUCUUCAGUCAUACUUAAAUAAUCACCUUUCUGUACAAGGAGGGGACCGUAAAGUCAUACCCACAUCAAUGCAACAGUGUAAAUCAUUGCAUGAUUUGUUUAAUAAGAAUGAUUUGGAGAGGGAAUCUUCAUCAUCUGUGAGUUUGGGAACAGAUGCCCUGAAUACUAUGAAAGCAACUGAAAAGGAGAUCUUAUCUGGAAGGAAAGAAAGUAAAUCACCAAGAGUUAGUGGUAUUACAAGCCUGUGGGCACCAAAGACUCCUCCUGCCAUGAGUAGCAAGUGCAGAACUCCACUUCAUUCCGUUGAUGGCAGCUCUUCCUUCGUAACAGUUGGAGUGUGUGACAAACAAACAGAAAUUACUAACCACACCUCAGAAUUGAUACAAAAGACUCCUUGCAGAACUGAGCAAGUCAGAAGUCUGCAGAAGUCCCCACAGUGCAAUGAAGAGGAAGAAAAUGAACUUCCUGCCACCCAGCCUGUAUCCAGCCUGCUGUUAAAAGGUGUUGUUGCAUAUGUGGAGGUUCGCUCAGGAGGUGACAACAGAUCCAUGGGAAUCAAAGCUCACUUGAGGUCACUUGGAGCAACUGUGAGAGACAAAUUCACAAAUGAUGUUACCCAUGUGGUGUUCAAUGAAGGUCUGUUGUCAACUUAUAAGAAAGCAGUCAAAAGAGAAGUGCAUCUAGUUUCUGUGUCAUGGAUUGAAGAGUGUAAGAAUGCACAGACAAUAGUAUCAGAAAGGCUUUACCCCCCUUUUGAUAUGGCAAAAUAUGAAUCACCAAACCUUCUGAAGAGGUUUAGAAAAGUGAGAUCAUUGCAACCUGAUUAUGAUGAUAUGGGGGAACAGAAACUGAAAAGGAGACGUCAGAAGAAGCUUGUUGCUGAUAUAAAAGAAAAUGAACCUGAAAUUAAGCUCCCUGAAGCACUAACUUACAAAAAGCCAAUAAAAGUGCCAGAAUUUCUUCAAAAUGUUAGUAAUGAAAAUGGACUUGUAAGGACUUUACUGAGUGUAGCUGAUAUUGGACCAGAAUAUGAACAGAUUGUUAACAGACCUGACAGUCCUACCUUAAGCGAGGAAGAAGAUUUCUCAAUUCCACUGGCAGUCCGAUUACUUAGAAAAAUUCUGUCUCCUCAGUCUAGUCCAGAAUUGACUUCAAGGGAAAAAUCCAUAGAUGGACUAAAAACAGCGCGUGUGAAAAAUGGUGUGUGUAGUGCUCCAGGAUCAGCUAGUCUUCAGGAGACUCCAAAGAGACAAUGUGGACAAGAGAUUCAGAGAAGGAACAGAGAUCUUUCCUGUAAUUUUGCAAGUGAUAAAAAUACUGAUAGAAGGGCUGAAAAUGGUAAUACAGAUAUUGGAAUCUGUAAUGCAGAUACUAAAAUAUAUGAUUUGCCUCAGUCUUCAUCAAAGUCCCCAACACUUGGAGGGUCUGAUAAAGUUUUAAUAACAAAACCUCGUAAAAUGCUUGCAAGAAACACUUUGUCAUGCAAUAAAGGUAGUGAAGCAAAGAAUGAUAAGUACAGCAUGUCUUCAGCAAAAUUUGAAACUACCACUGACACUGCAUGCAGUGCACAAAAAUCUGACCUGGAAAAUAAAGUUCGGAAAGGCAAAAAAAGGAAACACGAUACUAUGGAUAAUGUUACAGUUGAGAACUCAAAUUAUAAAUCUGGUAAUCAGUCUGAAGUCAGUAAUUCAAAGGUUAUUGAUGUAUAUGAAAAAGAGCCAGUUAACACUGAAAAUUUAGCAGUUGGAAUGUGUUCUUUGCAGUCCGCAAACAGUGAGAGUCAGUUUCAAAAUAACAUCUCAAGUGAUACAGCAGUAAGUAAAGAAACUUCAGUGAAAAAACGGAAAUUGUUGUCUCUGCAGCAGUUUAAUUCAUCAGAAUUGCUGGAGUUGGAUGCAUCUGCAGUCACAGAAGAAGCCAGUUUUCUAUCUCUGCAGUAUCCAUAUGUUACAGAAAGGGAAACUGGGGAACAAAAAGCAAGGAAGGCAUAUCUUCCUGCAGGUGAAACCACUGACUUGAAGUUGACACCUUGUGCACCAUCCACCUCAACCUCAGAGACAAGGAGACGUAGACAGGUUCAUAAGAAGUUUGGUUUUGCUUCUAAUAAAAAACAUGAAACUGUGAAGAAAGUGCUGCGUGCCUCAAGUAGUAGUUCAUAUGCAUUCAUCAGAAUUCCUGAAAAGGAAAAUAAACCACAGAAAACUUUAGAGAAAAAACUUCCAUCACUAGUUUGCACCAGUCUACACAGACAUGAGGUGGAGGUGGUGGCAGCUGUGGUGGACAAGUUGGGAGGCUUUGUUAUAGAGGCUCAUGUUUCUGAAAGAACCAUUCACGUUAUUACAAAAGGACCAAGGCGUACAGUAAACCUGUUGAAAGGAAUUGCCAGAGGCUGCUGGAUUGUCCAGCAGGAAUGGGUGCUUAAGUCUCUUGAUGCUGAUAUGUGGUUAGAUGAGGAUGAAUAUGAGUUGGCUGACUUCUCUCCAGCUGUUCAGCAAUGUCGCUUGCAGAAAUUGUCAUUUGGGCCUGUAUACAGUCUGGAUUUGUUCAGCACUUGUGGUGCUAUCUGUGUGACUAGGAAUAGUAUACCACCCAAGCAAGACUUGGAAGAGUUAAUCACAUUAUGUGGUGGGUGUAUAGUGACUUCAACCCGCUCUGCUUGUCUGUUGGUGGGGAACAGCUCCCCUGUGCGAUAUAAACACAUUAAGUGUGUUGAUGAAAAGUGGGUUUUGGAUUCCAUACAGUUCAAUACACUCAAACCAAUAAGAAACCACCAACACUGGAGACAUCGCGGGAAGAAAUUGAAAUGUGUGCUGCUAUAUCAGUGGACACCUUCUCCAUGGUUGCUCAUGCACUAGUCUGCUGAACUCAGAAGUGUCUACAAGCUAAUGGUUGGCACUUUGAACACUUGUUCUAGUUCAUCAGCCAAUGCUUUCUCUGUGUAUCAAUUUUGGAUUACCAAUAAAGUAUUUAAGCCGAUA